AUGACACACGCCAAAACUGAUGCAAUCAUUGACAAUUGGAAAACCAAUGCAGGUUUAGAUCUAUCGGCUGAACAAGAACAGCAAUUCAAAACAUGGUUUGCGGGUGCUGCCGAACGAUUCCAUGCUCGUCGUGAGGCUGGCAAAGAAGUUAUAAAACAAUUAUUUGUCGCUGCCGAAAGCAACGAUGGUGCAAAAGCCGAAGAAUUAUUAAGUAAAUUACGCGAAGGUUUCCGUCAACUUUCCGUAGGUCGUGAAAAAGCUCUUGAUGAAUUCGAUGCUAUUCUCAAACCUGAACAACGCGCACGCAUUGUUGUUUAUGCUGUUAAACAAGCGAAAGAAGCAGGACGACCAGUUGAACAACUGAUCGAUAGUCUUUUCUUAGAUGCCGGUGAAAGUAAUUAG